CCUUAUUUUUCCUCUUGUUCUUUUUUAAAAAAUAAAAAUUUUCUUGCUGCUGUUGAUUGUCAUCAAUCUCUCCAAAAUGUUGAUUAUUUUCUUCAUUUAUAUUUCUGGGUUGAAGCUUUAAUUUCUAAUGAAUAUUUAUGCAUAUUUGCCUUUAUAUCUGGGCUUAACUCGAGGAAUUUUUGAAAUAUUUUUCUUCUUAAAUUUGGAGAUGGUGAGAGGGAAAAUUCAGAUGAAGCGAAUUGAAAAAGCAACAAGCCGGCAAGUGACCUUCUCCAAGCGUCGAAACGGGCUGUUGAAGAAGGCUUACGAGCUAUCUGUUCUUUGCGAUGCUGAAGUUGCUGUCAUCAUAUUUUCACAGAAAGGAAGAGUCUACGAGUUCUCAAGUUCUGACAUGCAAAAGACGAUAGAACGAUACCAUAAGUACAUCAAAGAAGCCCAAACUGACAAGCCUGAAAUGGAACGAUACACUCGGCAACUGAGGCUUGAAGCAGAAAAUAUGGCCAGGAAGAUUGAGCUUCUUGAAGUUUCUCAAAGGAAGCUGUUGGGUCAAAGCCUUGGCUCGUGCUCUGUAGAGGAACUUCUGGAGGUUGAAAGCCAGCUGGAACGAAGCUUAAGAAACAUCAGGGCAAGAAAGGGCCAUUUAUUUAAGGAGCAGAUGGAGCAACUAAAAGCUAAGGAGAGAUUUCUACGAGAAGAGAAUGCAAAGUUAUCUGCAAAGGUGAUCCAUCAUUCCAAAAUAUUUACUGCCCGGCAUGAGUCAUGACCUUCAUGUUCUUAUAAUUAAGUGAGCAUGUUCCAAACCUAGGUUUUAUUCUGAUUUCUGAAUGAUAAAAGAGUGAAUAGGAGUUGCCCAUUGCUAUGUGUCAGGUUUCCUGGUAAUGGUAGUUGAUAUUUUAAUUAUUCACUGUAAAUAUUCUAGGGUGGUGGGGAGCAAUCGCAGCCAUCAACUGAAAAGAAAGCUGCAACUUAUAGCGGCCUGAGCUCAGAGGUAGAGACAGAACUGUUCCUUGGACUGCCAGAAAACCGCUGUUCCUAGCAGGCAGGUCUCUGGACAUCGAAAUGUUAUUAUUCGUGCUCAUCUCAUCAAUUAGUUUCAACCUUCGUAUAAUUGCGCCGCUGAAAUGGUUUUCGUACCAGGAAUAAUGCUACGUAAAUGUUCUUGGCCGUCCCAUUAUUACUACUAGUAUUACUUAGUAUUAGUUAUU